AUGAAGCAAGGCAAAGAACUUGCUGAAUCACAUGGUCUAGAAUAUUUUGAAACUUCAGCUGUUAGUAUUCAAUUGUCAAAUAUUAUUUAUACUUGUUUGAUUUCUUCAAUAUUAACCCUUUACAGUGACAAACUCCCUGAUGUGCCCUAUUUUAUUAUUUUACUCAGUCUAACGCCAGAUUAUUUUCCUUGUCAAGGGGAGAGUGCUGCCACUCAAUGGGUUAAACUUGACUCUUUGUUCUUCUUAGAAACAAAAUCAGAAUGUUGAAGCAGCAUUUUACUACCUUGCCAACACAUACCACCAAGUGUAUAAUGACAGGAUUGCUCAAAUGCACUCGAUGGUGUGAGAGGAUUGAAGGAGAUUAAAUAUAGGAUAUUUAUGUUGUACAUUUGUAAAUAAAUGCACAAAAAAAACAUGUAUUGUUGCUGUUGAAAUAGUCCUUAUCAAAACAAAGAAAAGACAGUGGGAUGUUCUGGUCAUGGAAUCAUCAAUCAUGAUUGGAAGGCACUCUUGUAAUGCUAAAUGUUAUCAUUGUUAUGUCAAAGGACCAUACCCCUACCUGCAACUUUUGGCUUCCCUAAUUAAUAUUAAUAUGCAAAAACACUCCAUAUUCGACCGGCUCGUGUACAUAAUUAACAACCAGUUACACAACUGUUGCCUGUAGUUAUAUGAAGUAUUUUAGAAAGAUGCCAAACCGCGUGCCUUGAAUUCUGCAGGCGCGGAAUUGAAUUUCUCAUCCAACACAAUCUCGUUCCCCGAGCAUGCCCGUUCGCAGGUUAGCGUUGUCCGCAAUUGACGUCACGAAAAUUCGACCCCCCGCGAAGACUCAGACAAACAUUGGCAACAUUUAAUAUAAAUAGUAUUAUGAUUAAGAGCUUCCCGUGAGUUAGUUUAAUAGUUUGAUGUUUGUUUAUGGUUUAUUUGUGCGAAAUCAUACACACCUUGUACUUUUCGCUUUACCUGAAGUGCCAGUGCAAAAUAUUUUUGCUUUGGAAGUAGAAAUAUACAGUUUUUCGUCACUUUAGUAUCGACA